ACUUCUAGAAAAUUCGGGCACAAGCACGAAUGUAGGAACUACUAUGCGGCAAUAAACCGGCGUUUGUUCAAUAGAUUGAUCAAUUGUCGACUUCAGCAACGUGUUUCUCUGUCGUGUGAUUCGGAAGAUAAGCAAGAUUUAACGAUUCUUAUUAUAAAUUGAGACAAAUUUUAGUUAACGAUGGCCGCUAUGUCCGUCAUUGGUAUUGAUUUCGGAAAUGAAUCAUGUUAUAUCGCUGUGGCAAAAGCGGGCGGUAUAGAAACAAUAGCUAACGAUUACAGUCUUCGCGGGACUCCAUCAUGCGUCGCAUUUUCACAAAAAAAUCGUAUUUUGGGUGUAGCUGCAAAGAACCAAAUGGUCACAAAUAUGAAGAACACCGUGUUUGGUUUCAAGAGGCUGUUAGGUAGAAAAUUUUCUGAUCCCUAUGUUCAAAAAGAGUUGAAACACUUCCCAUUCAAGGUUGAACAAAGACCUGACGGUGGUAUUGGAAUUAGAGUCAACUAUCUGGGGGAGGACAAUGUGUUCAGCCCAGAACAGCUAACAGCUAUGCUGUUUACAAAAUUGAAAGAGAGUGCAACCAUAGCAUUACAGACACCAAUUAAUGAUUGCGUCAUAUCUGUCCCUGGUUACUUUACAAAUGCUGAGAGAAAUGCUCUACUGGAUGCUGCCAGUAUCGCUGGCCUAAAUGUACUGCGCCUAAUGAAUGAAACUACAGCCACUGCAUUGGCUUAUGGUAUCUACAAGCAGGAUUUACCUGCUCCUGAAGAAAAACCUAAAAAUGUAGUGUUUGUUGACUUUGGACACAGUUCUCUGCAGGUAUCUGCAUGUGCCUUUAACAAGGGAAAACUCCGAGUUCUGGCUACUUCUACAGAUCCUCAGUGUGGUGGAAGGGACAUUGAUAUGGCCCUGGCUGAGUAUUUCUGUCAGGACAUUUUCAGUAGACUAAAAUUGGAUGCCAAGAAAAACCAAAGGGCUUUCCUUCGGCUACUUCAGGAAGUUGAGAAAUUGAAGAAGCAAAUGUCAGCGAAUAGCACUCGCCUGCCCAUUCAUAUUGAGUGCUUCAUGGAAGAGAGGGAUGUUUCUAGUGAACUCCAGCGCUCACAGAUGGAACAAAUCUGUGCCGAGACCUUCACUCGAAUUGAAAGAACCAUGAGGGCUAUCUUGCACAAUGCCAAGCUUAGGCCUGAAGAUAUUCAUUCUGUGGAGAUUGUAGGAGGGUCAACCAGAAUCCCUGCAGUUAAGAACUUGAUUGAACAAGUCUUCAACAAGGCUGCAUCAACCACUUUAAACCAGGAUGAAGCGGUGUCUCGCGGAUGUGCUCUGCAAUGCGCGAUGUUGAGCCCGGCCGUGCGAGUGCGGGAGUUCAGCGUGGCCGACGUACAGCCCUACGCCGUGCGCCUCGCCUGGGACGCUACUAAGGGCGAAGAUGGAGACAUGGAGGUGUUCCCCGCUUUCCAUGCUGCUCCGUUUUCAAAGAUGUUGACAUUCUACAGAAAAGAACCCUUCUCUGUUAGUGCAUACUACUCCGAUCAAGUGCCUUACCCAGACACUUUCAUUGGCCAGUGGCAUAUUAGAGAUGUCCAACCGACAGCUGAGGGAGAGUCACAAAAAGUUAAAUUGAAAGUCAGAGUAAACAUUCAUGGCAUUAUAACUGUCGCCUCUGCUUCUCUCGUUGAAAAGAAGCAAGAUGCUGCCCAAGCUGAAAAUAUAGAGAUGGAGAAUGCGAAUGACAAUCCUCAGGGACAAGAAUCAGCUAUGGAUACUAAUGGCGCUUCCCAAGAUCAACAAAAUGGUCCCGAAAACCAAGAGGUGAGAGACGACGAAAUGAAGGGGGAGCCUCAACAAAAACAGUCGUGGACACAGAAAGUAGGACAGUGGUUCAGCGGGGAGAAUGCGGACGAUAAAAAGGACAAGUCCAAGGAUAAGAAGAAAGUUCUUAUUAAAACUAUUGAACUUCCCAUUGAUGCUCAGACACAUGGAUUCCCGAAACACGAGCUUAAUGCGUAUUUGGAACAAGAGGGUAAAAUGCAAGCCCAAGACAGACAGGAGAAGGAACGAGCUGAUGCUCGCAAUGCUUUAGAGGAGUACGUAUAUGAAUUGCGCGGCAAGCUCUCUGAGGGCGAGACUCUGCAUGACUUCAUAUCGGAAGAGCAACGCAACCGCCUCGUCAACCAGUUGGACGCCCUCGAACAAUGGCUGUACGAAGAGGGUGAAGAUCAACACAGACAGGUGUACAGCGAUAAACUGACGGAGUUGCGAACAGAAGGUGAACCCAUCAAGCAACGUCGUUUGGAGUUUGAGCUACGCCCGGGCGCUUUAGAUGACUUUGCGCGGGCAAUUCAAUUAGCCAACAAGGCUGUUGACUUAUACAAAGCGGGCGACAUUAAGUAUGCUCACUUGGCUGAUACCGACGUCCAAAAAGUAGCGGAGGCCGCCAAGAACGCCUUAAACUGGCUCGAGAGCGCUCGCCAGGCACUCGCCCACACGCCGCGCCACCAGCAGCCACCACACACCACUCAUCAAAUUCGCCAGGAGCGACAGACAUUCGAGAAUACAGUGAAUCCAAUUUUAAACAAACCAAAACCUAAAGAAAAGACCCCGCCGCCAGCCAACCCCACCGCAGGCGAUGGACAGCCCGAUUCUGGCUCGGCGCCCAGUGACGCCCAACAGACACAAGAACAAAUGGAUGUCGAAUGAAUAUGAUACAAUAACUACCUGCACAUAUAAUAUUGAAUCAUAAUACUAAAUAAUUUCACUGGACUUACGUAUAACGCUACGUUUACUUUGUAUGAGAAGAGCAGGGAUAUUGUAUGUGUAAUAUUUAUAUAAUGAUGGCAUUUUGCCGCAGGCAGAGUUAUUGUUUAGUUUUAUGAUAUAACCGCUGUGUCCGCCCUGGGGGAACGCACGGUUAAAUUAUAGUAAAUAUUUAUUUUUAUUCGAAUGAUGGAAUAGGUGGUAAUUCUGACGUUAUUUUAUACUGCUACGUUUUUUGUUAUAGAUGGUCGAUUUCCUACACGCAAAAAACUUAAUUACGCAUUUCAAAUUCUAGGCGGAUAAUAACCCAAUUAAUAAUAGUAUUAACGUACGCUAUAUUUGUUUACAUUUGGUAAACCAACUUAUGCAUUUUUGUGCGGUAACUGCAAUUUAAUUUUAUGUAAUGUGAUAAAAUUGAAUUUAGUGAGUAGAUAUUAUUUAGCCAAUAAAUUGUGAGCAACACAUAAAUAUGAAAUUUAUAUAGUUCAGUUUCUGCAGCUGUCAUCAUACCAUGUAUAUUCAUAACAUUACAUUUUGGCUACAAUAGAUACUCCUGUGAAUAUUACUGUUUCUCGUUUUUAUUCAUCUUUGUGCUCUACAAUAGAUUAAUUUUAAGGAUUUUGUGUAAUUGUUUGGGUAUUUAAAACAACAGAGAAUGAAAUAAUGCUUCAUUUAAAUAUACUAGUUUUCCUCUCACACAACAUGAAGUUUCUAUACGUAGUCAUGUUUUUUACCUACGUUUUCUGCAGGAUCUCAUAAAAUUUGGUGUACAAAAGUGUGAUUGUGCUUUAUGCUAUUAUAACAUUUGUACGCGUUACUUGCAUCAGGGACUCUGAAAGAUGUAGUGAUUUGGCGAACUACAAACAGGACAGUACUCACGGUUUAAGAACUUGGAGUUAUAGUUGGCGUGGUCCUAAUCCUAAUUUCUUUCGAGGGUCUUGGGUGUGAUUCAAACACAAUCCUUACAUAAUAAUGUGAUUGAACUCACAUUGCACUAAAUUCAGCAGUGCCGACAAAUUUUCUAUUACAUUUCUGAAUGAUUACUAAACUGUGCAAGCAAAAAUAAACUUGACAUCGUAAUUUUGUUCAGCUUCGCACUAUACCUGGGUACAUUCAGACAAAUUUACUUAAAAGAAAGUUAUGAAAUUAAGUACUGAUCUCCUUAUACCUCUCAUGAAAGCUUGUCCCACGAAUGGUAUCCUAUGAAGCUGCACACUGCACCACCUGUGUAUGCUUUGCUGCUACUUUAUACUCGUAGAACUAAGCAAGAUACAGACCACCCAUUCCUACAACAUGACUAUUUCAAUAAUAAUAAUCCAACAAGAAAAGUAAUAGGUACUCUCAUUGUUAAUUUAGGGUCUGAGAGCAAUCUACGAUUUGAUUAAAUUGUAACUAAUAAUAUGCUUUUUUAGAUAAGGUGUAUGGGGUUUGUUUUACUAACUUCUUUCACCCAGACCCCUUGCCUAAGUAAUUGUAUUAUAGGUAUUGAAACACCUUGUGAAGUUUGUGUGAAAUGCAUUUAUCGAAUUGUUGUAGACUCCUGUAUUUCGCAAAGUACUUAUUUCCUUCGAUUUAUUCAUGUCAUGUCACCUGCAGCUAUACUUAUAGGUUGUUGUGGCCUAUGUGUUGUACAUUUGCAAAUAAAUGGUUCAACCAUAACUAUGUUAUUUGUGCAUUAAAGCUUAGUAAAUGGAUAAUUUAACAA